AUGCAAAGACGAACCACAAUAUGGUUCCUUCUUCUGUUUCAGCCAAUUCUAGUAUUCACCCAGAAUCAGACGGACGCGUACGAAUGCAAGAUUGGAUCCGUUAACCCGUUGGCGUCGCCCAGGUACUUUUUUUAUUUUCGCUUUUUUCUCGAUGUUUUUAUUGUAAUGUUCUAGUUUGAAUGUCUGCUUCAAGUUGUAUGACACUCCGAAAAGCUAUCAAGCCGCCAGAAGACAUUGUGUCAGUUUAGGAGGGCAAUUGGCCGAAAAGAUAAAUAAGGAUGACUCGUCCCUCUACUCAGGUACCGCUUCUCCCAUUCUCUCAUUAUCCUCCCUCAUCUCUUUCUAGCCAACGCUGACCUGGAAGUCACGAAUGCCACUCAGUUCUGGGUGGGCGCAUCCAAUCUCAAAUGUAAUAUCGGUUGGGAGAACGGAGGAGAGAUUGAGUUCAACGAGCUGUGGGCUCCCGAAUCCCGCUAUUACGGCGUUGCAAUUGAUAAAAUGUCGCUCGGAGGUCUCUGGCAUACUGUACCCGUCGGACGUCUUCUUCCUUUUGUCUGUACAUUUCAGGGUAAACCGAAGAAUGGUGAGUGAAAGGACGGAAGGGAAAGAAAGAACAGUGUUUCUGCUUCAGCUCCAGCUCCAGUGCAUGCCAUGAGAGCUCCGGCUAAGAAGAGACCGGCAAAAACAGAAACACCAGAAGGUUAGGAAGAUUAUAAGUUUAGAGGUAACAUAAGGGUACAUUCAGACGAUGAUAUCGAUGAAGACUUGAACGCCGCUCUUUCUGACGAGAGAACAACGACAGAGAAGCCAGUUACAGAAAAGAAGACGGAAGAAACGAAGGCAGUGGAAGAGGCCAAGAAUGCGACUGUUGCGGGCGAAAAGAAAACUGCCGAGGCAGCUGCGUUGUCCGCAAAAAGCCAAAGUGAAUCGAACGACGAGGACAGCAUGGCUGAAUCUGAAUCCGCCAGUAUUUCCGAUCAGCAGGCGAUGAACGCCAGCGCCGCGUCCGCGAGUGCGAGCGCAAGCGAGUCCUCCGACGAAAUCUACGAUGCUUCCGAAACUGCGAUUCGCAAGGAAAUGGGUUAUGCGGCCGCGAUCUCAAUGUCGCAGGACAUGGCUGCCCAGUCGGAAAGCUUCGACCAGUACACCGAGGCGGACCUGCUCUCUGCUGCAGCCUCACUGAUGGGCGGAUACACUGUGAAUGCGAACUGGGCGGACUCGAGCACCCGCACCAGCUCGACGUUCGACUCUCAAACGGACGAAAUGUCAAUGAGCCAGUCGAUGUCAGUGGCCGAGCAAAGAGCCCUCGCAAUGGAAAUGAGCGCGGAGAGCAAGAGUGAAAGCUCGGAUUCUAGUUCGGAUUCCGUGCACGAGGAGGCGUCGAUGUCUGCGGAAAUGGCGAAGGCGAUGUCGGCAAGCGAGAUGAGCAAGAAGGAGUCGGCGAGCAGUUCGAACGACAAAAGCGCGGACAGCGCGUCGAUGAGUGUGGAACAGAAGGCAGUGGCGGCGGCAGAGAAAGAGGAGAAGCAGGAAGAGAAGAGUGAGGAUGACGAGAUGGCGGAUUUGGUGUCGGCGGCGGCAGUUCUGGCCGGAGGAAAGAAGACGGAUGCCCCAAAGGGAGUGAUAGCGACGUCGGUCAGACCGACGACGGAAGGACCACAGGAGGACAUUGACGAUUCUCUGAAUGCGGCCCUCUCGGAUCAGAGAAGCACCUCAAUCACCACCACAAAGAAACCCGAUCUGACCAAUGUGAUCACGACGGCAAUGGCCGCAGGAGGGCCUCUGGUAGGGGCGGCCCGGCCAGACAGGAAAAAGAAUCCGGGCUGUCCGGCAGAAUGGACGCAGUUCAACACGAACGUGACCGCUCCGCCACUGUGCUUCCGAAGAUUCGACAAACCGAUGAACUUUGAGGAUGCCCGUGUUUACUGUUUGGGAAAGGGCGGACACUUGGCAUCGAUUCACAACGAACGACAACUUCUCCUUCUAUCUGGUAUUCAGAAUCAAAACGCACCGAGUCUACAUGAUACUUGCAGCCCUACUUCACAACAACGCGCCUGAUGGAAUAAGCAACCAGACGUGGAUUGGGUUGAAUCGUAUUCAUCAGAAGUAUUAUGUGUACGAAGACGAGACGGCGAUGGAUUUCACGAGAUGGCUCCCGGGAGCACCGAACAUCAACGACUGCACUGUGGUGAGGAAGGGAAAUAAGGGAAGAGAUCGAAAUGGGAUUUUAGUUCACUGGAAACGAACUGCCAAACUAUCCACACAAAGGAACACAGUACAAGUUCGGAGACUUCCCUUGCGAAGAGGCGCAGAAAUCGGUGCUCUGUGAAGUGACCCUUGGAAACGGUAGGUUUGGAAAGGGAAGGACUGAGAGAGCGAGAACGGGUUACAGACAAGGAUUCUAGUCAACCGACUUGCCAGGAAGGAUGGAGCUACUAUUCACACGACGGAAAUGCGCAGAACGGAAAGUGCUACAAGGUUCGCAUCUCAGCAGAUGAAUACAAAUUCACAAUUGCGUUCAGCACAUUGAGCAAGCGAAGAAAUUCACAGAAGGCCGUCAAGUGUGUCGUCAGGAGAACGCCUAUGUGGCAUCUGUGCAGAACGACGGAGAAGCGAGAUUCGUGUCUGCUCUCGUUCAGACAGCGAAGAACUUCACAAUGAACGAGCAGACAUGGAUCGGAUAUGUAAAGUACGACAAGGAUUUCGGUUGGGAGGACGGAAACAAGGGAAUUCAGUUCGACCCGUGGACGGAGAAGCUUCCGAGGGACAAGAAGUGUACUGUGGUUUGUUCCGUCCCGCCCGUGUCUUCUCAAUCGUUUCGUUCAGUUCACAGGCAACGAGAUCCACGACGACUGCCGCAGCAAGUUCAAAUUCGUUAGCGUAGACUGCAAUACGAAUCAGCGCGCCGUUCUGUGCUCGAAGCCGCCCAUGAAAGAUGGUAAUGAAUUGGAAAACUGAAAUAGAUCGAAGUGAUUUCGUUGCAGGAGCUCAAUUUGUCUACAAGGACACUGAAAACACGUUGAAACCGAUUUGA